AUUAGCGCUCAAAUGGUGAAGUACUAUCAGAAAUGUCUAGACACCGACCCAUCGUCUAACCGAAAUAAUGCAACCUAUGUAAAACAAUUAAUCAGCGACUUUCUGAAGGUCACCGGAAUACCGUUUCCGUCAGUCGACGGAAAAAGCUUGAAUGCAAUUAGUAAGGAACAGUUCGGUAAAGCAGUUGGUUAUCUUUGGGGAAGAAUGAACAUUCCAACCUUUUUAUCACCAUGGGUAGACACAAACUGGAUAGUGCCGAGACGUGGUUAUGUUCUUUUGCUUGACCAGCCAACUUUGAUUUACGGGAAGAACUACUACUUGAGAGCAUGGAAUCAGACCGAGGAGGAAUACAGAAAAAAGAUUACCCAUGUUUUGAAAGUGCUAAAUCCUGGCGUAUCUAAUGAUGUUUUGACCAAGGACAUUAAUUCAAUUAUUCAGCUGGAAGAUACAAUUGCUCGCAACUUUUUGAACGCUGAAGCACUGAGACGUCUUUAUGCAAGGCAAUUCAACAUGUAUACAACAAGUGUCGCAAGCUCUGAAUUUGAGUUUAUUGACUUUCCAAGUUUGCUAGCAGAAUUAUCACACUACGGUGACAGUAAUGUCAAAGACAGUUUUGCUUCUUCUAGUUUUAAAUUUAUUAUCCAAGAGCCUGAAAUGUUGAAGAAUAUGGGGAAGCAAAUUAUGGCUAGAACAUCACCAUUUGACCCGAGAACGAUUGCGAAUUAUUUCAAUAUACGACUUGUCCUAGACAAUUACAAAUACAUACAAGAUGUAAUCAGGCAAUUUAAAAAAAAUUGCUUAAUUAUCACCGAUGAAAGAGCGUAUGAUUGUAUAGAUGCAACUAUGAACAAUCUACAGUAUUCAAAUGCACGAAUUUUCUUGGAAGCUGCUUAUCCAAAACAGAACGAUCGAGAUCUUUUGAGAAGCAAAAUAGCUGAACUGACAGAGACCAUAAUGGUAUCGUUUAGAGGGAUGUUAGAUCAGUUGAGGUGGAUGGACGAUUCGACCAAGUCAGGAGCGUACGAUAAAAUAGAUUACCUUGUUAGGAAUAUGGCUUAUCCAGACUUUAUAGUCAACGACACACUUUUAACACAGUAUUAUCAAGAAAUGGAACUAUUUGAAGACACUGACACUCUUAAAAAUAUAGAGGAUAAAAUAUUCAGAUGGUCUAUGUGGAAAACUCUUUCAAGGUUAAAUCGACCUCAGUAUCAGCGUGAUCAUUUUGACUUGCCACCAGGUCUCGUUAAUGCGUGGUACUUACCUCAGCUUAACUCACUUACUCUGCCAUUGGGAAUCCUAAAUGAACCGUUUUACAACAUGAAUUGGCCAAGCUCUUUGAAUUAUGGAUCACUCGGUGUUAUCGCUGGUCAUGAACUCACUCAUGGUUUUGAUGAUGAAGGUGUUCAGUGGGAUGGGGUUGGAUCGCUGAAUCAGUGGAUGGAAAACAGUUCCUAUAGUGAAUUUCAAGCGAUGGCAAAGUGUGUGAUUGAUGAAUAUCAUGGGUUCUGUCCUCCUAAAAUGCCAUGUUUGGAUGGAGAGCUUACUCAGGGAGAAAAUAUUGCAGACAAUGGAGGUAUUCACGCAGCGUACCGGGCGUACAAAAACUACGCUAAUUUGUAUGGAGAGGAACCACUAUUAGAUGAUCAGGCACUGUCGCAAUUUAGUCAUGAUCAACUGUUUUUCAUCGGUUUUGCUCAAGUUUGGUGUGAAAGUAACAGAACAAUGUACGGAACCCUGGAACACGAUCUUACCAAUCCACAUAGUCCAUCAAUAUUUCGUGUUCUUGGAACUGUCCAAAAUUUCCCAGCAUUUAAAAAUGCCUUUAACUGCCCGUUGGGUGCAAAGUAUGCUCCAGAGAAGCACUGCAAUGUUUGGGUGUCGAAUGUAACUGACGCAAGUUGUCAAACAAAAGAGCUUGACUCAUACGCUAAAGCUGUAACGUAUCUACAAGAUUCAAUGGACUUGACAAAAGACCCGUGCAAUAACUUUUACGAGUAUGCGUGCGGAAACUACAAAUUAGAAAAAAGUUUUGCCGUUAUGAGAAAAAAUAAUUAUCGUAUUAUGUUAUUACUGAAACAAACGAUUCAUACCCCAAAAGCGUUAGUCAAAACCAGACGGUUUUAUAACAAGUGUAAAACAACUCGACAAGACUACAAAAAUCAAAUAGCGAAUGGUACCGCAAUAAAAAAAAUUAUGGACAACUUUUCAAUAGCCACUGGGCUGCAGUUUUCAAUGAUAACUGCACAAGGCGAAGAUGUAGUUUUUGAUCUUACACCAACUAAAAUUGGCCAAGCGCUUGGAUAUCUUAGUCGGAGGGGCGUAAACACGUUGUUAACACCGAUGGUUGAUACGGACUGGCCCAAUCCAAAAAAUUAUAAGUUCUUUUUGGAUCAAAACACUCUUUACUAUUCGAAGUCAUACUAUAAAGAAGAGGCAUGGAACACCAUAAAAGAUUCGUACAAAACAAGUGUUAUCGAUUUGUUCAACAGCUAUUCGAGACUAUUAUCAAAGGUAUCAAAAUUUCUCAUUUUCUACCUUGCAUCAGCGACAUACAGUACUGAUGAUACCACUAGAAGAACCUAUAAACGAUCGCUAAAUAAUUACACUGAGGGGUCGUCUGACAAGUAUAAAUUUGUUAACAUAACAGCAUACUUUGAAGCCCUGUCGAAAGGCUAUUCGGAGUUGACCGUCUACUUCUCUGAACAUAUGUUUGACUUCUAUGUAAUGGAACCGGAUAAAAUUGCUAAACUAAGUGGAGAUUUUGACAAUAUGGACAAGUCAACAGUGGCAAAUUAUUUGAACUAUAGACUUUUAAUCGCAUUCAGCGACUACCUACCCGAAUAUCGAGCCAACAAUAUUGUGUUUAAAGAAGAUAACUUAGGCCGACGACGUCGCGGCAGAAUCUUUGCCCGUAACUUUGAUCUUUGUGCUUAUGAAACACUGAAUUUGAUGCAGUAUGCAAAUGCUCGAUUUUACAUCGAUUACCUAUAUCCAACAGAGGCUGACCGAGGAAGAAUAAGAAAUAGUAUACUAAAUGCAUUUAAUGGAAUGCUUCUACAGUUGCCAUGGAUUGACAAAGAGAAAACGCUUCCCGAAGCUGAAAGAAAAAUUAGUGAUCUGCAGAAAAAUUAUGCAUUCCCAGACUUUAUCGUCAAUGAUACUAGACUAGAUGCGUAUUACGAAAAGAUGGCAUUACUCGAUACUGACAGUUACUUCGAUAUGCGUGAAAAAUUAGACGAUUUCAACUUUCAGCUAUUAUACAAGACAUUACCUGGAAAUGAUCCUGUUGAUCGUAAAGACUUUUUGGGUCCACCGGGAACAGUGAAUGCGUGGUAUCAACCGGAGCUGAAUUCCAUUACUUUCCCAGCUGGGAUAUUAAUGACACCGUUCUUUGACCUCAACUGGCCCGCAUCUUUAAAUUACGGUGGAAUUGGCGUAGUUAUUGGACAUGAAUUAAGUCACGGUUUUGACGACGAAGGUGUUCAAUGGAACGGUGACGGAACAUUAGUAGACUGGAUGUCACCUGACGCGCAUUACAAAUUUAACCUGAUGGCAAAAUGUGUACAAGAUGAAUAUAGCGGAUUUUGCCCUCUAAAAAACACCACCUAUAAUCCCCAGUGUGUCAAUGGAGAUAAUACACAGGGUGAAAACAUUGCCGAUAAUGCAGGGAUCCAUGCCGCUUGGAACAGCUAUAAAGACUACAUUGCACUCCGUGGGCCUGACCCUCAGCUUCCAGAUAAUACACUGGGACAGCUAACGCACGACCAACUCUUCUUCCUAAGUUUUGCUCAAGUUUGGUGUCAACGACCAUCAUCCACCGAAGCGCUGUAUACUCAACUUAUGACAGACCCCCACAGUCCAUCAAAUUUACGCGUGCUCGGAACCAUUCAAAAUUUCCCAGCAUUCCGUACUGCAUUUCAGUGCCCCCGUGGGUCAGUGUACUCGCCAGAAAAACACUGCUCUGUCUGGGUUCCAGAAAUUGUCAGUUAG